GCAGUCCAGAAGAGAGCAAGUUGGAGUAAAGGAAUAAACUUUCGGAGUAGCUUCUUGUUUUUUUAUUUCCCCAGCAGGUGGCGACAGAUAGGGCCUACUUAUUUGCGGUGAAAAUAUAUUCAGUGACAAUUUUAAAUAAUACUAUUCGGUAAAGACCAGUUAUAGAGGAGGUUGGACUUAAUUGUUUACGUUACGUUUACAUUGACUUAGUUAUAAAGGGUCCACCAAAUUUAAAAGAAAUGCAAGCUUUUCGUCAUUGCUCGAUUUGUGCUAAUGGGGGAGUUCUGCAGAGUCGGACGGACUUCCUAUUGCAACGGACUAACAUGGCCACUCUCAAGAGGGGAGUCGUAUGUGUCAAUUUGUUCAGGAACACAGCCAGCGUUCUUAGCAGUAGAAAGCCUUCGAGCCAUGGAUUGGUUCGACUCACAGAUGUCACCCGCACGAGCAUGGUGUCCCUGAGCGUUGGGAGUGGACUGUGCGCAGUUCCCUUCACGCAGCAGGUCGAAAACCUGUCUAAUGAAUCUCUUGUUCGGAAAGCGUCUUUGGUGGUUUUUGACAGUGCGAACACCUACCUUUCCCAGACCACUCUGGCCCUUGUUGACUCCCUAACACAAUAUGCUAAAGCUCUACAUACACUUAUUGCCCUUCAGAGACGGUACUUGGCUUCUUUGGGAAAACUGAAUGCAGCACAGGAGGACUCCAUUUGGCAAGUGAUCAUUGGCCAGCGUGGGGAGGUUUCUGACAGACUAGAAGAAUGCAACCGUUUCGAAUCAAACUGGAUGAAUGCCGUCAACCUGUGUAAACUGGCUGCAGAGGCAGCAUACAGCACAGGAUCUGAACAUGCGUCCAUCACGGCUAAGACCAACCUGCAGAUAGCACAGUCCCAGGUGGAGGACAUACGGAAGCUGUCGCAGGACGCCGAGAAGAAGCUGGCUGAGACCAAGGCCGAUGAGAUCCAGAGGAUGGCAGAGUAUGCUUCCUACUUGGAAAGGGGAUAUGAGGAGGUGCCUGAGGCCUACCUGCGAGAGGACUGAGCGAAGGGCCAGCUGAUGUGAACAUUCACUUUAUAGAGUCUGAGGGGAGUGAGUCAGUUGUUUCACCUCAGUAAGAGGUGAUACUCUGCACACUGCAGUACAGCCUCUGUGCAGUGUUUCACACCUACAACAAGUGUGCUUUACUUAUUCAAGUGUGAAACAGGAGUGCUCGACUUACUCAAGAAUGAAACUAUACUGUAGCUGUAUCGUAUCAUGGAGUUGAUUCAUAAAGGAUAUAGUUGGUAUUGUAUUUACAUCUGCAUAUACAAAUAUGUUCAUGGAUUGUAAUAGUGAAAGCUGGUUUUAAUGAGUAUUGAUUCCCUGUAUGUAAAGCUCUCAACAUUUUUUUUAACUUACCUGUUUUAUGUUGUCCGAUUAGUUAAAUUCCACUAUUCAACUAUUUAUUUAAUUGCAUUUGAAAUAAAAAUUCAAACUAUAAACUGAAUUCUACAUUACUUAUGUAUUUUGUUUCAAUUGAUGAAACAUGGGUGCACUUAUAAUAAAAAACAUUUUAUAUAUAUA